GGGGAAGCCACCCUGGGUGCACCGGUGGACACCUCGCCCACACUGGCGCACUGCAAUGCCUGGGGGAGCCACUCCUGGGGGCGCCGGUGGACACCUCGCCCACACUGGCGCACCAGAGUGCCUGGAAGAGCCGUUCUGGGGGCAUGUGGACGCCUCUCCAUAAAAAACUGUCGCACUGCAAUGACUGGGGAGCAAGUCUUGGAGCGCCGGUGGACACCUCGCCCACGCUGGCGCACCAGAGUGCAAACCGAAAGCCAUUAGACACCUCGCCCACACUGGCGGGCGCACCGCAAUGCCUAGGGGAGCCAUUUGGGGGUUUUCUGUGGACGCCUCUCCAGGAAACUGGCAUGUACUGCAACUGGAGGGUAGCAGCUCUUGGGGCUCCGGUGGACACUUCGCCCACAUGACUGGCGCAAGGGCCACUAUGCGCGCGCCGGUGGACACCUCGCCCAAACAGGCGCACCGCACGAAUGCGCUGGACGGCCUGCGCGAGAUAGUAUACUUAACAACAGAAAAGGCCUCAUCUGAGGACCGCGGCAGGCAUCGCGCCGGCAGGUGGUGCGCCCGGUCUCGCAGAUGAGGAGGGAGGAGGCAGAUGGAUGGUGGACGUAGGAGGCGGAGCCGAAUGGAGGGAGAGGAGGAGGAGGAGGAGGAGGAGGAGGAGGAGGAGGAGGAGGAGGCGACGUGAGGACAGAUUCAACCCGUAGGCUCAAAUCUGCUCCAAAUUGCAGGCAAAGAGAAAUGACGUCAUCCACUUUAAAACAUGUGACCAUUGUCGAAAUGAGAUAUUGAACCUCACAAGGAGAUUCAAAGAUGAUUCUCCCUCCGGCACGUUGCGACCUCAAGUCAAAAGCCGAGCAAUCCAAGCCUCGACGGAACUGACGGAACUGAAGGAGGAAGACGAGGAGAAGAAGAAGAAGAAGAAAACAUGGAUGCGAGGAGUGAGGAGACAUGCCUGAAGAUGGAUGGAUGUAAACUUUGAACUGGCUGAAAACGAACUAAUCAACAGCUUGGCCCAACAGUCGAACACAGCGCAGGCGCUGAAGCGAAUGACAUGCCGAAUGACGUCACAGCAUGAACUCAAUUCAUCUGCAAUGUGGCACAUCAUGCCGGCACCGUGGCGCUCGCAGAAAACAAGUAAUAUGAACGAGCACAUGUCCCGUGUGAAAGUCGCGAGGCGACAGACACUGGCGAGCCACUGCCAGGUGAGCAUGGCACAGUCGAAGACGACUGUAGCCCUGGCACCCUCGUGCCACGGAAGGGGCACUUGA